AAAUGGCCCCAAUUUCAACAAGGAAGUAUUUGUGGAUUUUAUUGCUGCUCAAAUAAAAACACUGUCAUUCCUUGCAUACAUCAUCAAAAUUUAUCAGGCAAGUAUAUGUGAAUACUAAACAGCGUGUUCAGUAACUAGUUUUAUUAGAUAUUGCUUAUAAGUAGAUGUGAAUACAUUUAUUUACAUUAUAAAAGUACUAAAAAUAUAAAUAACUGAAAUCAUUUUUUUUAACUUUCAAAAUCUGAAAACAGCAUGACCUUGGAAACUAGCAGGCAGACAGUUAUUUUAUGUGGGAACUUACGAAGACAUCAAAUCUGUGGCCCACCAGUUAUUUCUAUUAUUUAUUUUCAGGGAGCAGUGAAUAAUCACUCUCAACAAAUGGUGCAAGGUCUGCUGGGUUUGAUGGCUCUUUGUCCACAAGAAGUUGCCCAUUUGAGAAAAGAGCUUUUAAUGGCAGCUAGGCAUAUCCUCUCUACUGAUCUCAGGAACAGUAAGUAUUUUUCUCCCUUUAUGCUAACUAGCCCAAAGAAAGAUAUUUAAAACGUGUGUUUCAAUUUUACCAAAUUUAAAUGAUUGCAGGUUGUGACUUUCAUUUCUCUAUUUAAAUUCCUGUUGUUAACUUUUAUUAUUAGUAAAUGUUUUUAGUAAUAUUUUACUGUGGUUUCUUCUGUAUUUGAAAACAGGAUUUGUGCCAGUUAUUGAAAAGUUGUUCGAUGAGAACACUUUAAUCGGCUCUGGCUGGACUACCUAUGAAUCAUUAAGGCGAGUUGAGACUUUUGCCAACAUUUUCUUAGUGAUCAGUGGAAGCAAGAAUUAUAUUAAGAUUUUUUUUAACUGCUUAAUGCAGAUAGCUCUUCAAUUUUUAUUAAAUAAAUAUUCAAUUAUAAAAUUUUAUUUGCAAAAACAAUUUAUAAUGAAUAUAAGAUUAAAAUUUUCUUUCGCAGACCUCUGGCAUACAGCACUUUGGCAGAUCUAGUUCAUCAUGUUCGCAAUAACUUGUCCCUUCAUGAUCUGUCACUUGCAGUAAAUCUGUUCUCCAAGAAUGUACACGAUGACUCUCUCCCCAGCAGCAUUCAGACUAUGUCUUGCAAGCUUUUACUCAAUUUAGUUGACUGCAUUCGAACAAAAAGUGAUCAGGAAAAUGGAAAU